GGUAGGCGGGGAAGCGGAAACAGGCGGUGCUCUGUCUGACUGGGAAAUGUCAGCAGCUUGACUGGGGACGAGUUUUCUUUCCCCGGAGCCUGCAGGCCUUCUAGUGACUGCUGCCGCCUUCGCCUUGGAGAGUGGUUCUUAGACCCUGGACGGCUGUGGCGGACGCGGAGUUCCCCGGUCCUUCCAGACGCUGUCUGGCGAGAACGGACGUUGACAGAUAUGGUCCAGACUUGUACGUGAAUUACUUUGGUUAGUCAAAGUGAACAUUCAAUAAUGAGUGGUGCAGCUUUGGGACUCGAGAUUGUUUUUGUCUUUUUUCUGGCAUUAUUCCUACUUCAUCGAUAUGGAGACUUUAAGAAACAGCAUAGACUUGUAAUUGUUGGGACACUGCUAGCUUGGUAUCUCUGCUUUCUUAUUGUCUUCAUUCUACCUCUGGAUGUUAGUACGACAAUAUACAACCGGUGCAAGCAUGCAGCUGCAAACUCAAGCCCUCCUGAAAAUAGCAACAUUACAGGAUUGUAUGCAACUGCUACUCCAGUUGCAAGCCAACAUCCAUGUUUUAAGCCAUGGAGUUACAUUCCUGAUGGAAUCAUGCCGAUAUUCUGGAGGGUAGUAUAUUGGACAUCACAGUUUUUAACAUGGAUUCUGUUACCUUUUAUGCAAUCAUAUGCAAGAUCAGGAGGGUUUUCCAUCACUGGAAAGAUCAAAACUGCACUUAUUGAGAAUGCAAUCUAUUAUGGCACCUAUUUGCUGAUUUUUGGAGCAUUUUUAAUUUAUGUAGCUGUAAACCCACGUUUGCACUUAGAAUGGAACCAACUUCAGACUAUUGGAAUAGCUGCUGCAAAUACCUGGGGUCUGUUUCUUCUCGUGUUGUUGUUAGGGUAUGGCCUUGUGGAAAUUCCUCGAUCGUACUGGAAUGGGGCAAAAAAAGGUUAUCUACUUAUGAAAACUUAUUUUAAGGCAGCCAAACUGAUGACAGAGAAAGCAGAUGCAGAAGAGACUUUAGAAGAUGUCAUGGAGGAGGUUCGUAAAGUGAAUGAAAGCAUCAAGUAUAACCACCCAUUGAGAAAAUGUGUUGAUACAAUACUUAAAAAGUGCCCUACAGAAUAUCAGGAAAAAAUGGGUAGGAACAUGGAUGAUUAUGAAGAUUUUGAUGAAAAGCAUAAUACUUACCCAAGUGAAAAGAGUCUGGUAAAACUACAUAAACAGGUGAUUUAUUCAGUUCAGAGACACCGUCGAACUCAAGUUCAAUGGCAGAUUCUUUUAGAACAAGCAUUUUAUCUAGAAGAUGUAGCAAAAAAUGAAACUAGUGCUACUCGUCAGUUUGUUCACACCUUUCAGUCACCAGAGCUAGAAAAUAGAUUUGUCCAAUAUUUUUAUAAUCCUACAUUUGAGUGGUACUGGGAAUGUCUUUUGCGACCAUGGUUUUACAGGAUACUAGCUGUGGUUUUGUCCAUCUUCUCUGUGAUUGUUGUGUGGUCAGAGUGCACAUUCUUCAGCACUACACCUGUCUUAUCCCUCUUCGCAGUAUUCAUACAGCUGGCCGAGAAAACAUACAAUUACAUUUACAUCGAGAUCGCUUGCUUCCUUUCCAUCUUCUUUCUAAGUAUCUGUGUUUAUUCUACUGUGUUCAGGAUUCGUGUAUUUAACUAUUAUUACUUGGCUUCACAUCACCAGACUGAUGCUUACAGCCUUCUUUUCAGUGGCAUGUUAUUUUGCCGUUUGACUCCUCCUUUAUGUCUUAAUUUCUUGGGUUUGACUCAUAUGGAUUCGUCCAUCUCUCACCAGAAUACACAGCCAACUGCUUAUACAUCUAUCAUGGGUUCCAUGAAAGUUUUGUCCUUUAUUGCAGAUGGAUUCUAUAUAUAUUAUCCUAUGUUGGUGGUAAUUCUCUGCAUUGCUACUUACUUUAGUUUGGGAACUCGUUGCUUGAAUCUACUUGGUUUCCAACAGUUCAUGGGAGAUAAUGAUAUGACAUCAGACUUAGUUGAUGAAGGAAAAGAAUUAAUUAGACGAGAGAAGAGAAAAAGACAAAGGCAAGAAGAAGGUGAAAAUCGAAGAAGAGAAUGGAAAGAACGUUAUGGACACAGUAGAGAAGAUUCUACUAGAAACAGAAAUGUUCAUAUUGACUCAAAAGAGUCAAACUUCUCAGAUAUUAGUAGCAACCGAUCAGCAUCCAAAUAUACCAGGGCUAAUAGUAGGACUGAAAGGGACCGAAUAGAACUCCUCCAAGAUGUAGAACCUUUGGAUUUUAAUGCAGAAACAUUCACUGAUGAUCCUCUUGAAUCUGAAUCAGGAAGAUCAUUUCUUUAUCCACCUUUCAGGUGCCUGUUUAUGCUUUUUGGAAAAGAACAUCUGGUUAUUAUAAAGAGACUCGUUUACAAACCUUUUAAAGGUCAUGGUGCCAAAUGCAACUCAGUGUAGCCAUCUGUUCAGGACAGCUAGCAUGGUCUCCUGAAAGAAAGAGUUUCCACUGGUGGUGGCUGAUGGUGCAGAUGGCUGCACUUUCCUCCUUGUAGAGAAACUUGGGAGGCCACUUGUGUCAUCCUUACUAGCACACUUGGAAUUUCAAACUUUGUGCUGUCUAUGUUUAGUGGCCAAGCCUGUUGAACCAAUAUCUCGGCCCACCAAAGCAUUUCAGCUGCUCCACAUCCUUGCCAACAUUUGGUGUCAUCAGUCUUUUUAAUUUUAGUCAUGCUGGAAUUUGAGAACUUUAUUGUCAAGCUUGGAGAUGCACGUUUUGUUCUUGUGGCUCGGGCUCCAUAAUGCAUACCCAGUAGGUCAAAGAAGUCCCAAAAGAGGUGAAUGCUGCUUCUGCCCACCUACUCCAAGUUGUGAUUGGAAGUGUAAGCAUUCUCACUGGCCCCAAGAAGUCAAAUUGGUGGCCGACUUGAAAACCAUGGAGUGACCUCCUGGGUUAAGGGCUUCCUCCCCCUAUCUGUCUUUCUCUGUCCAGUUACUUUUUCUAUAGGGUUUAUUGCAGCAGUCACCCCAACUACUAGGCACUCCACCGUCAUAUAAAAUGAAGGCAUCUGUUAGCAAACGACAAAGCAACAGAAAAGGCUGCCACUUUGGGAUCACUUCAUUCAUUUGUAACCCAGACCAGUUACUAUAGACACUAUUGAUAUUCAAGUGAGAUUACUGUGGCCUCUUGGAAUUGGCAGGUGAUCAGGAUCAGUCAAACACCAUCCCAGAAGUGCCUAAGAAACUAAUCUAAGAGAGAACAAUAGGUGCUGCAUCUUGGAAUCUGGUACAAGUCAUGAGCGGUGUGACAAGGACUGCAAACAGUUCUUGUGAUCCUUUCUGAGGCAGACCCAGAUAAGGCACACACUAUGAGACUCUCGUGGCAGGAUGACUUGAUGAGACAUAAGAGAAACUUUAAGAGGUAAUUAGCUUGCAAUUGUUUAGCUUGAUGAAAAAACUCAUCCUUAGUUUAAUGGAUGCCUGUCUUUUUGCUUGUUGUAACUUAAUAAAAGCCCAGGGGAGCGCUGACUUGGUGCUUAGUCUCCAGAGGAAGUCUAAGCCCUCUGCAUUAAAUGUCAUUCUGACUCAGUUUCUCAUUUUUGUGGUCCGCGACUAUAACAAAAUAGCCUCAAUAAACAUGAAAUAUUUAAAAAUACAUAAUAUAUAUAUAUAUAUAUACAUAUAAAUUAAUUUCACCAAAUAAGUGCAAGACCUUUACACUGAAAAUCAAAUCCACUGCUGGGAAAAAUUAAAGGACCUCCAAAUGAACAGAGCAAUAUAUCUUGAUUGAUUUUCUAUAAAGACCUUUGUAUCCUGUUUAUGAUGGGCAACCCCAGUUACAUAGUCAUCUCAUAUUCCAUUAUCAGUUGCUCAGUCUCAACUACAAACAAAUAACAUGCCUGGAAUAUCUUUUUGAAAGAUAAAUGUUUCUGUGCUAAAAAUGAUAUAGCCCCAAUUAAAAACCAGAGGCCUGUGCUGAGACCAUGAAUUAUAGCUUUCCUAUAAUUCCAUAAAGUAUCUUUUUCUAUCUUGGAUACUGCUUGCCACAUGGAAUCUGCUGGGUUAUAUAAAUCAAACAGCUGGGUAGCUGGUACCAGAACUUGUUGCAGAGCUGUGUUUUGCUCUGGGUCCUACUCAAUACUGACAGCUGCAUGAGUCACCCAUAAAUGGGUCAUGCCCAGCACGGAAAACAGUGUGGGGAUGAGCCUCUGGCAGAGCCCACUUUCCUGGUGUGCCUGAGUGCCUGGGACACACCAGCCUCUGGCGACCAAGGGAAGAUGUUUUGAAGCUAGCCCAAGGACUUCUAAAGGGCAUACUUUGAGCUAAGACAGAGCCAAAAACAUGGGUUCAUGGUAAAUUGGAGGGUAGGAGUUUUCUUUGGUAUAAAAUCUGUAGAACUGGCCAGACUGGAGAUAGGAAC